AUGGCCAGCCACUUCGUCCUCAGCACCGGCGCCAAGAUCCCGUCGGUCGGGCUCGGCACCUGGCAGUCCGAGCCCGGCGUUGUCGGCGACGCCGUCUACGCCGCCGUCAAGGCUGGUUACCGGCACAUCGACUGUGCUCAGGUCUACGGCAACGAGAAAGAGAUCGGAUUCGCCCUCAAGAAGGUGUUCGACGAGGGCAUAACCAGCCGGCAAGAUCUCUUCAUCACCUCCAAGCUAUGGUGCACUAACCACGCGCCGGAGGACGUGCCGGUGGCGCUGGACGGCACGCUCCAGGACCUGCAGACCGACUACGUGGACCUUUACCUCGUACACUGGCCGAUCCGGAUGAAGAAGGGCGCCGGCUUCAGCCCGGAGAACGUGAUCCCGGCCGACAUACCGGCGACGUGGGCGGCGAUGGAGGGCGUCUACGACUCCGGCAAGGCCCGCGCCAUCGGGGUCAGCAACUUCUCGUGCAAGAAGCUGGAGGAUCUGCUCGCCGUCGCGCGCGUGCCGCCGGCGGCCAACCAGGUGGAGUGCCACCCCGUCUGGCAGCAGGCCAAGCUCCGGGACCUCUGCGCGUCCAAAGGGAUACACUUCUCCGCCUACUCGCCGCUGGGCUCGCCGGGGACGUUCAAAGCAUUCACCGUGCUGGAGCACCCGGUGGUGGUGUCGACGGCGGAGAAGCUGGGGAAGACGCCGGCGCAGGUGGCGCUGCGGUGGGGGAUCCAGUCGGGGCACAGCGUGCUGCCCAAGAGCACCCACGAGGAGAGGAUCAAGGCCAACUUCGACGUCUUCGACUGGUCCAUUCCGAGCGACCUGUUCGCCGGCUUCUCUGAAAUCGAACAAACAAGGCUGAUCCGCGGGAAAUUCUGGACUCACCCGGAAGGCCUGUUCAAAUCCGAAGAAGAGAUCUGGGAUGGUGAAAUAUAG